AUGUCAGCUACAUCAGAAUAUGAACCAGCGGUCCGGCAAGAUUACGGGCCGACCACCUCCAGUGAAAAUAUAUAUGGGCAUGUGUUGGAUCACAAAUUAACUGAUACAAUGGAUAUAUCUAGUGUAAGAACCCCUGUUCUACGGGCUGUUCCUCUUUCACCCACUCAAGGUGACCCAGAACCUGAUUCCACAAACCCAGAAAGUAUAAUUCAGUCAGUUCACAAGGUUGAUAAAGAUAUUGAGUAUCAUAUUAAUGAAAAGAGGUGUGACGCAGAAAUGUCUGUAGAUUCUCUCUCUAGGAUCGUUAGGAUUGAAGAAACUACAUUAGAUAAUGUGGGGCGCUUGGCUUACCCCAUCAUUCAAGAAACAGAUGAUUCAGAUGGCAACUAUGUAGAAAAUACUGCCACUUUAAUACAAACUCCGUUAAAUACGGCGAUUGUACAAAAUGUCGCUAAACUCCCACAAAACUUUACAAUUAAUGUAGAUGCUGCUGUCGGUAAUAUUACAGCUAUACAAAAUGUUGCUCAAGAUGUGUCAGGCAACCAAACCCUAUGGUUACCCACAAUACUUGCCACCAGUGCCACAGAUGGAAAAAAUGAAGAAGAUAGACCCCCAGGUGUCGCACAGAUUAUAAUUACAAGUGAAAGCUAUGUUAAUGACACAAGUCAGGCCGGUAGGAGAACGAAUAUAAUCACCGAAACAAGUUACAUUAGCCGACCUAAGACCUCUAAGGUACAGAUUUUGAGCAACAUAUCUUUACCCAAAAAUUCUAAUUACCCCCAGCAAUAUAUUGCUCAAAGUAAAGAAAUUGCCGCACCAGUAUAUGGAACUCAAAACCACAUAUACAAACUGAGUGCCAAUGUAGUAUCACAGAAACAUUUAAAUAAUGCUAUGUUAAGCACAAAACCGCCAAAGUCACUUAUAGGUGCUUCCCUAUCUCCAACAGUAAUAAAUAAUAGCCCGAUUAAAAAUGUGCCAUAUAGUCACACAUAUUCUAAGAGCACAAAUUUAAAUAAGGUUAAUAAUGGUGCUAAUUUGAAUGCAAUGGUGGCAGCUUCCUCUGGAAGCUCUCAAUGCCAUAUCUUAUCCAGAGUUGUGUCUGGACCAAAUAAGAUAUCUGUACAUUCGGGGAGAAAAUCAAUAAAUACUUUUAAGGGCUCGAAAAAUUCACAAAUGUCCAAUCAGAAAAAUCAAUCGAGAGCAAUAAAAAUAAUUCAGCAGGCUGGUACUGCUAAAUCUGAAAGUAAGGCUUGGCCUGUCGCUAGCGUUACAUAUAAAAGUUCUAACUCUAACUAUGCAGAAUCUAAUACUUCUAAAGUAAUACAAAAAGUUGGAAGUCCAACACAUAAGGCGCAACAGACUAUGACAUUGCAAAAGGUUCCUAAAGGUGAACGUCUUGUACUACAGUCUCCAUGUGGACCUGUUUUACUAUCUACAGCUCCGAUAAGUUCUAAUAUACCUAAAGGGCCUCAUUAUGUUCAAUCGGGAUCCACACCUAAUUUGAGAUAUGUCCAAACAUACGGUCCAGAUAACCAACUGUCAACAGUUUCUCAAGUAUCUGCUAAUCAGCAAUUGACUGCUCAGAUUCUGCAGUCAUUAUCUCAGCCUAAAUUGAUGCUGCAAAGCCCAACACCGAUCCAACCUGUUAAUGUUACUCCUCCAGUCAUAGAGGAGCUAGAAGUAAAACCUGUCAAUCAAAAGAGGAUUGUGUUCGGUGACAAAUCUAUGCUUUUAACAGCGGAUGAUAUAAUUGGUAUGGAAGAACGGCCUAAUCUAUCGGAAGAGUUGCGCAGAUACUCGUUCCAGGCGUUAGCUCUCAUAAUGCUGGAUCACACUUACGCUUUGCCCGCGCAAAAACAACCAGCCAGUACCCCGACGACGACCGUCGCGGCUUUAUCCCCAGUAAUAACUACACCAGCUACCACAGCUCCCAUGAGUCCUUUAAAAACUCCCACCCCUAUCACUACUGUACCCCAUGAACAAUCACCACCAGUACCAACCACUGCAGUCGGAACCCCCAUACCGGUCACUACCCCACCUACGGGAGUUCCAUCAAAACCGGUCGCUUUACCUCAAGAUGAUGAUACAGCUUCUAUUAUAUCAUCAGUAGAAGGUGAGAAAAGAGCACCGGCUCCAGGUGGAAGUGACACAGAAACAGCGCCAGAAGGCGAAGAGGAAGGGAAAACUAGAUGUGUAUGUAAUUUCACACACGACGACGGCUAUAUGAUAUGUUGUGAUAGAUGCGGAGAAUGGCAACACGUUGAUUGCAUGGGGAUUGAUAGAAAUAAUAUACCGGACGCGUACAUGUGCGAGUUGUGCCAGCCGAGGCCGAUCGAUCGGCGACAUGCUAGAUCUAUUCAGCUGAGGAAGAGAGAAGAGUUAAGUGCUCUAGGUGCUUCAGACUCUGAUUCUUCUGAAUGUGACAGAUCUGGACAAAGAAGAAAGCGAUUGCUAACAGUCACAACAUAUACGAACACGAGCGGGUCUUGUGUCACUACAUACAAUUCUAAUCUACCAGUUUUGCCCCCACUACCACAGCCAACGUUAGCGUUGCCCAAACGAGGGCCGAAACGCCCUAAGAAGGCAGAAGUCAUAAGAAAAGGAACGAAGCGAAAACUCUCCGAGAAGAGAGUGAAACGGAAAAAAGAAUUGUUACUAAAUAGAAGUAAAUAUAACUCCAGCAGCUUGUCAACAACUCAGUCGCAUUGGCGUGAUCUAUACGAGUUAGCUAUGACGAAUCACUAUAGUCCAGAAUUGAGAGCUAAAAUAAUGAAGUAUAGCAGUAAAUUGGGCAGUUCCCCGAACAUGGCGUCAGCUAUAACCGCCCACUUGUGCACAACAGUCCCACACGCGGGAGGCAAAAUACUAAUAGCAACCAAGGAUCUCAAAGAGAACACCCCAGUUAUUGAAUUGCGAGGAAAAUACAUGUUAUCCAAUCAACAUAGACCCCAAUUGCAAAAUUCCGCUCGGGCUGGCAGUCAGAAACCGGGACCCUUCGUAUUUUUCUACAGAUUACCUAAAGAUAACACACAGAUAUGCAUCGACACGCGGACUUAUGGGAAUGAAGCCAGAUUUGUUCGACGUUCGUGCAAACCUAAUGCGGAAUUGCAACACUGCAUAGUGAAAGGAGCUCUCCACGUUUAUUUGGUGACGAUCAAUGAUAUACAAUCUAAUACGGAAAUUACAGUUGGUCACGACACAAACGGCAGCAAGCAGCCGUGCGCUUGCGGAAAUCCUAAACAUUGUAAAGUUAAUGGCUUAAGUUCUUUAGUCAGCCGAAAGAGCAUAGACUACCCACCAAGAGAAAAGCGAAGUAGAAAUAGAUGCUUUAGUUCGUCAUCACAAUUGUCUCCCCCACUGGCUCCGAUCGUACAUACUCCCGUGAAAGAAUCAUUUCCAUUCCCUGUUAUUACCAAAAUGUCGCCUGUCGAAGAGCCGCCUGCGCCAUUAGAUUUUAUUCCACAAGUAAAAUCCGAACUAAUAAUGGAUUUUAAAGAAGAAGAGAAGGAAGAAAAAGAAGAGGAAAUGGAUUUGACAGCCAAAGAAGAAAUGAAGCCAGAUAUCGAUGAACUCGAUUUCGUCAAAAUUGAACCCCCGAUUGAGGAGAAGCUUGAUACAAUCGAAAAGAUAGAAGAGAAAAUAAAGCAAAUAGAAGAACCAGAAAUUAAACCUGAACCGGAUCCGGUCCCCAUAACAGAAGCUCCUGAAAUUUUACCGGAAGACCUGGAUAUUAAAGAAGAACUUGCAACUCCUAUUGAAACUGAAGAACCAGAACCUGAGAAGGUGGAAAAAAUUGAAAAUAUUGAAAAAGUCGAGAAAAUCGAGAAGAUAGAAAAAGUAGAAAAGGUUGAAGAGAAAAUAGAGCCUAAAGUGGAACAAGAAAGGCCGGUAACAAGAGAAUUGACUGCAAAAUCCGCGUGUCAUGAUAGGUCAUCGCGCUCGAGUCGCACAACUUGCGUCAAUCAAGACUCUUUAGAUGACAAAACUGAUGACUCACAGGACAAAAUACAGACAACAAACAAAGAAAAGGACAAGCGAAAAAUGACUCGUGAAGAGCGUAAAAUGGAAGCAAUAAUGAAGGCAUUUGAACGAAUGGAGAAAGCACAACAGAGAAAGCAAGAAGUGAAAGAGAGACAGAAAAGAAGAGAGUCAGAUCCUCAUCCAAGCACUGAAAAAGAUGACGACGAUGAUAUUCACUGUAAUGCCAAGAAACGGAAAAAAAGAAAAGGACGUGCGCGCACAGCAUCCCAAUCAAACAGACGUCGUCUCAAUUCAGCUGAUAGUGAUUUAGUUACGUCGGGGGAUGAAGCGCCAACAUCCCCGGUCAGGGCUCCGCCGGCUGACCCGGUCCAGACCGGUCACGUGUCUGAAGAACGACACGAACCAGUCAAUGAAGAUCUCGGGCUAAGCUCUGCGUGUUUACUUGUUGAAGCGGCAGUUGGUUCAGUGGAAUCGGCAUUCAAACUACCUAAAACGAAAAAAACAAUGGCAAAUGAAUGGAUUGGACGAUCCCCAGAACGAACGCCGUCACCAUAUCAAUCCCCAUACAGACCGACGUUGGUAUCAGCACCAUCUCUAGAAAGCUUAGUUCGUGUCGCCUCCACCAUGAUAGGCGAUUUAAGCGGAAAUCAAGAAUAUCACGACGAUCAGAAUUCACCCCCUCGAACCCCUGGAAGAGAGAGAAAUCGACCCCCAAAGAAAGCGAAGCGUAUAACUCGCAGUACAGAAGUAACUAAUGAAGUGCCCGAGUCGGUCCCGGUACAGCAUAGUGCGAAGAAGCGUUGGUUGAGACAGGCGAUCAGUGAAGAAAGUGAUUCUCCGAUGGCCGAUACAUUUGUUUCAGAAUCUCCGCCUAACGAAAUGGUGACACCGUUGAAGAAAAGAAGGAUGGCGAGAGAGUCUUUGUCGUGUGAACAGAAUAUUAUUGUACCUUGCAAUGAAGAAACGUCGCCAGUACUAACAUCUGAGGACUCGCCAGUGAAAGAAGACGCGUUAGCGCUCGCGCGGCAGUACAAGCGCAACAUCAUGGAGAUGUACAGUCGCGACCGGACGCGCUCUGAUAGCGGUCAAGGCUCCGACGACCAGUGCAACAUCGACCACGACCUGCUCAAUGUUAACAUCAAAACACCGUCCUCAGAACAUAUACGACGCAUCAUCGGGGUGCCCACCCCUGAAGAGGAACUGCCCCCGGAAAUACCUAAGCCACAAGCGACGAACAACAAUAACCUGGAAUUAGAUGAGCACAUGUACAACAAAGUGGUGCCGAUGGAUAUUGAUACUACCAUCAUAACGCAGUCCAAGAUAGAGUCGAAUGAAAUUCCAGAAAUCAAAGGCCCAGAAAGUCCUAAUGAUAAAGUUAAUAGUUCGCAAUCAGCGGACACAAGUGGCAAUUCGUCUCCACAACGUGAUGAAAUGGAUGACAUACAGAAGACAAUACACUCUUUCCAUACAGAAAACAUAUUGAUAUUGAAGAGCCGAAAUAAGAAACCGCCUAAAGAAAAACGGAAGAAGGUCAAUUUGAAUUUUGAUCUUAACAUGGUAGAUGAUCAAAUUAGCAUCCAACUUCGUACUGAAGAUGACACUAACUCUAAAUCGCCUGAAAUUAACGGUGACAUGCACGACGAAACGAAUUCUCAUGAAGAUGUUAAAUUGCAUGUGUCACCUGAAAAUAUACCUUUACCACCAGUAGAAUCUAUACCGCUGCCCGCGCCGGAGACCAUACCCUUGCCGGAGGAACCCAGUCCGAUACAAAUAAUACCCUCACCCGAAACGAUACCGCUGCCUGAAGAACCUAUGAAACCAAAAAUUGUUUCUCCUGUAAUAGAAAAGGAGGAAAUCCCAAACGAUAGGCGGCCGCUAAUUGAUAAUAUGUUCCCGUUUUCGACACGAUUCAACUCGACGGGACUGUUCUCGGGUAUAUUCAGCAACAUGUCCCUAAAAGUGGAAUCAAUAAAUGAGAACAUACCAAACAUGUCGUUAAUAAAAAGUGCAAUAGAUAGGACUACAAGUUUAGAAAGUGGUUUGUUCGACAAAGACAUUAGUCCAGUGGACGAUCUGAAAAGUGUACAGGAGAUAUUGACUCGCGUGAACAAUAUGGAUUCGAAUAACAGUGUGCUACUGUCGGGUGUGUUGCGUGGCUCGAGCAAGUGCGCGGGUGCCGGUGCUGUGACGGGUGUGACGAACGCGACCGCCGUCAUUAGUAUGACGGGUGUGACGGACGUGACGUCAGUGCCGGGAGUGACGGGUGUCGCGAGUGCGGGUGCGAACGUGACGAGUGUGACGAGACCUUAUGGUGUCCGUGCGAAUGACCCGCGACUCAACCCGCCGCCGCAGGAGAAACCAAAGCCUGUCAGGAGGAAGCUCUCUAUAACCGAGUACCGCAAGCGUCACAAGAACGCGGGCGGCGGCGAUGAGUCGUGCGGCGCGUGCGUGGGCGGCGACGACGGCUGCGAGUGGUCGCGCGGCUCGUCCGCCUCGCUGUCGCCGCAGCGGCUGGACGCGGCCGCGGCGGCGGCGGCCGACGAGCUCGAGCAGAGGCUGCACAGGGACCUAGUCGCGCAGAUGCCCAAAGGCGUGUUCGACGCGCAACCGACGGCGUCGGAGCGGCAACGAGAGAACCUCAGCUCGCGCCUGCGCAGGGAGUUCGGCCUAGCGCUGCCCGACGACGAGGACGCACGCGCUGAGACAGACAUGGGCGCGAAACGAUGCGACAGG